AUGGCUUCUGCCAAAUUGAUGCUGCUUUGCAUUCUGCUGCUCAGCCAAAGUGCCGUCUAUGCGAAUCCCCUUGCUCAUUCGAAUUCCAAACGACAGAGUCUCUCCGGUGGGCAGCUUCCAGUUCCCUCUACCUAUGCUGCUCCUCGCUUUCGUUGGUGGUGGCCAGGUGGUUGGAUUGAUCCAGAUGUGGUGAAGAAUGAGAUCCAAGCAAUUGCUGCUGCAGGAUUUGGGGGCGGGGAAAUUGGCGAUGUGGAAGAUAGUAUCAAAGUUUCCAUGGACCCCAAGAUAUACGGCUGGGCUCGCGAACGAUGGAAUGCCGGGAUAGAAGCUGCCUACAAGGCUGCUAACAAGCUCGGCGUUUACGUGGAUCUUACUCUCGGGCCUCACUGGCCCACGGGCGUACCAGGAUAUACUCCAGACUCACCGGAGACUUCCAAAGAACUUGUUCAUGGCCAGCUUCUAUUAAAUGCUGGGAAUUCGUACAGUGGCUCGCUUACCCUUCCUAUUGUCAAUCCGUCCGGAACCAAUGCCACUUCGGUCAAUGACACUGUCAUUGGAUUUGAGCCCUCCACUUUGGUGAACAUUACUCAGCACUAUGCAAAAAGUAAGUUGACCUGGACUGCACCGAGUGACGGAAAAUACAUCGUUGCAGCAGUAUAUGGUAGAGGUACCGGCCAGAUUCAAAACUUAUAUGACAGCAACACCAACGCCCCUGAAGUGACAUAUCCCUUUCCGGCAUACAUUGUCGAUCACUUAUCCCCUGCCGGUGUUCAAGCAUCAGUUCAAUACUAUAACAAACAUAUCUUGAGCGAUGAGAUUAGGGCUUUACUCAAAGCGUCCGGAGGCUCACUGUUCGAAGAUUCGCUGGAACUGAAAUUGAAACAGUACUGGACACUAGACUUCAUUGCCGAAUUUACAAAGCGACGGGGAUAUGAUCUCACACCAUAUCUUCUUUAUGUAUUGAAGGACAGAAAUACCUUUACCGGUGACGAUAACCUCGCAAGCAGAAUUGAGUACGACUUUUUACUCAACGGUCACGGACUUCCCUAUACUGCGACCUUUUAUUCCUCUCGGGCAGCGUCCGCCGUGGAUAUCCCCGAAGGGGAGUCGCUGGGCUUUGACGGCGACAAUGAUGCCUUCCGUGUCCUGGCCACCGAGCGCGAUAUUGCUGGUAAGACCAGAAUUCUGUCCAAUGAGUUGGGUGCAUAUAUGGGCAAGGCCUACGGCGUAACUUGGAAUUUCCUUCUUGGGGCUGCCAACCUGGACUAUUCUCUGGGUGUUAGCCAGGCGGUCAUCCACAGCUUUCCCUACCGCGACUCGCCAAGUAGUGAAUGGCCUGGCUUCGCACCCUUUACACCCCUCGGGGAGUCGAGCAAUGGAUUCGCAGAUGCAUGGGGCCCACGAAUGCCGCAGUGGCUCUUCGCGUCCAACGCCAGUAGCUAUAUGGCCCGGGCUCAUGCUACCCUACAGACAGGGGUGCCCUCCGUCGAUCUGGCUAUCCUGAAGACGGAUUGGGGAGUCACGGCCACCUGGGAGGAUACCGGAUUAAAUAAUUUCGCCCUGAAAAAUUCAAAGCAAGUUUCAACUCAGUCUGAUGCGCCCGCUGCACUGCAGGCUCUUGGUGUGAGUCCAAUCGUCAAAUACUCUAGCUCAGCCAACGUAUCUAUGAUCGCAACACGGCAUCGGCUGACAUCAAUCCAAUUGGAAGGUGAAGGUUACCCACUGGCUUUCAACCUUUGGACAGGAGAGGUGGUCCCGAUCGCCGCGUUCAGCACCAACGGCGGGUAUACUUCAGUGAACAUCUCUUUGGGCGAGAACGGAGCACAGGCGAUUUACCUCGGUCAAAACAAUCCGUACGGUGUAACAAAUCUCAAGAAGCACGUAACUACUACGGAUGCUGAAAUAGUCGCUGACAAGUCGAACAGCCUGUACAUCCGCGCCAGCAAGAAUGGGACGUACUCCGCGUCGCUUUCGACCGGCAAAUUAGUCCACGAGACUUUCAAUGCUAUCCCAACACCUGUUGAGUUGUCGUCUUGGUUAUUGUCAGUUGAGGACUGGGCACCGAGGAUCACGAACGAGACGGGUCUGCAGUCCUCUUUUACGACGAAAACAAUCCUGUCAUCGGUGAAAUUGGAUGGGCUGAAGGCAUGGCCGAACAUCAUGGGGCUAGAGUAUGCCAGCGGCAUUGGAAUACAUAAGACUACUAUACAACUCUCCUUGGAACAAACCAAGUUCGCGGAAGACUCUCUGGGUGUGCGAAUCAACUUGGCCGAGGUGGAAGGGAGCUGGAGCCUCAAGAUCAACGGUGUUCAUGUUGACGGCAUCGAUUUCAUGGUUUCAGCUCCGCUAGAUGUGACCUCAUAUGUAAGGGAAGGGUCAAACGGGGGAGGGUUAGAUAUCGAAAUAAUCGUGGCGACCACGCUGUGGAACAAACUCCACAAGACAUGGCCGAGUCUUUACGGAUCACUAGAGGCGCAGGAUAUCGGACUGCUGGGCCCCGUGAACCUGACAUACUACGCAGAAAGACAGAUUUAA